GUUAAGCACUUUCAAGCGGCUCAGAGAAAGGAUAUGGCGCCUAGGAGAUCCCGACGAGGAGACCGAAGGAAGGAAGAACGAGACCUUUGUGCCAGCCUGAAAGAGAUCGCUGCUAUGCUCCCCAUCAGAGGCGCCAUGCUCACCAAAAAGGAAACACUGGCCCAUGUGCUGCGUUACCUGGACUUCCUCUGGAGCCACAUACAGAAGCUACAGGCUCACCUGCCAUCCCACUGCCUCCCCAAGGCUCAUGGCACAGUUCGUGGGGAUUCUGACUCAGGUGAGAGCAUCCUUUCAGAGACGAAUGCAGAACUACGUCCACCCGCUAACUGCCACCGAGCCCAACUUAAGCACACAUGUGGCAAGCCUCACAAGCCCCCUCUCAACAUAGAGUUAUGGGCAGAUGUGCAAGACAAGCAAAGGAGACACUACAUGUUGGAGACAAAUGAGAGCGUCAGUGAAGACGAUGAUGCCACUGACAUCCAAUCGGUGAAGAGUGGAUGCAGUGAUUGGGCAGAGCGCCGAUCUGUUUAUGAAGAGGCACAACCAGUGCAGGACAGUGACUCUCUGCCGAGCUCUCUGGACUCAGGAUUCAGUCUCAGCCAGCUGGUGACACAGACUGUUCCACACAGAGGCCAGGGCCUGGAAAAAGAGGCUGAAAAACAUAUUUGUGACCACUGUGAAGCCCACACAGGCAGCGAAGAGGACAGCUUCCUAGACUCUCCAUUGUCCGGGACUGAAGGAAUUCUCCUGAAGGACCACAUGCUGGGGUCAACCACCUCAGUGCAUAAGAAGCACCCUCCUACCAUAGGGUCUUCACUUGAAUGGACAUCCCCGUUGGCUCUGUUCCCAGUCUCUGACACUCAAGAGAGUCUGAAUAUCAGCCCCUCCCUCCUCAACUCUCCUUCCCGGGGCGUCACCAGCCACCUGCUGCCUGAAGGGCAAGAUUACUUGCAAGCACUAUUUGAAGAUGUCUGGGUCAGCCCCAAAGCCAGCCCUGCCAAAGCUCCCAGCUCGCCGGAACGUUCCCUGGAUGAUCCGGUCCUCCAGCUGAGGAAUGGCGAAGAGCUGGAUUCUCAGAGGGACGAUGAAGACUCAAACUGGAGCCCUACCCAGCGGGGCCCUUCGUGGAAAAGAUCCACCAUCAGUAGGUGGCCAGGCAGCCACUCCAGGUUGAAAAAGAAAUGCAUCAACGGCUUCAUCAUGUUCUGUCGCGUCAACAGGAAGGUUUACCUGCGCUGCCAUCCUGGCACCCCGUCCACUGUGGUCACGAAGGAGCUGGCGAAUCUGUGGCACAUCAUGCCCAAGCAGGAGAAGCGCGUGUACAGCAUGAAGGCUCGCCGCUUUAGCUGCCAGCAGAAUCGCAAUGUGAAGCUGAAGGGUGAGGUGGAAGGGGAGGAAGAUGUUGUCCCAAGCCCUCUACACACACUGCUGGCUCACAGGGACUACACUGCAGCCAGAGCAAUGCUCCAAAGGCACUCUCACACGCUGAGCUGCACAGAGAACAUUUAACUCCCGCUCAGUGUGGAAUUACCCACAAUGCACAAGUGCUCGUGUAAAUGCCAAUACUAAAAAUCUGUCCAUCAAGCAAUAAUCAUUUUAAACAGUAAACAUUAAAUAAAAAAAUGAAAAUACUGCAGAUAAAAGCAGGUGGCACAUAUUUUUAAAAACUCAGUGACCAAUCCCUAGCGCACUAGAAGUACAAGUUUAACCUGUGAAUUUAGUCUGUCAAUCCAUGUCUCUCUCUGCCUAAAUGGAAUUUGACUAAAUUCUUAGAACAUUAUUGGAAGUGAAAAAUGAAGAGUACAUUUUUCGUGAGACUAAAACUAGGGUGAGUUGAGUGUAAGGAUUCUGUGGAGUUGUUUUAGAAUUAUUUGUUAAAUUAAUUGAUAUUGUAAUUUAGGGUAGAAGCCAUAGCCCUGCAUUUUUGUGCCUAUGGUACUUCUUUGUAAAUUCUAUUCUUUGUGACGGUUUAUUGUGUUGUGUUAUUUUGCUGCUCUACUCUGUGCCACUUGCUAGUUAUUUGUAAAUGUUCUAGCUGAACAACAGAGUUUGGGAAGAUUCUGUGGAUUUGUCUAUUCUGCAUAAAAUACAGUGGUUUGUGUGAUUUUAAUAGUAUCUGAAAUGUUACCAUUUUCC